UGUCAUUUCGGGUCUGUCAUUCUCCGCUUAUCAUGGCGCAGCUUCAGACUAAACCUCGCAUAACUAUUCAAUUAUCUUUAUGGACCAAUUUAUCAGAUUCCACCCAAAGCGAAGCCGGAUGACGGGCGCUGCGCUAACCAAAGCCCAGAGUAAUAUUCCCGUCUCUGAAGCACGGUAAGUAUUUCUCAAGAGCUACACAUUAAUAUAUAGUCUUAUUAUAUUGUUGUUUGCCGGACACUUUGAUCCAGGGGCCUCUUUUCUUUGUUUCCACUUACAGGGGGCGUUUUUCAUUUGGAUGUAUUCAGAUCAAGCGCCUUACUAUAGAAAAUAAAUCUUUCCGGGAAACCUCUAAGUGCUACGCGUAUGGUCUCCCUCUUAAUAAUAUUGGUUUCGUAUCAUUUAAAGUUGUUUCCUUUUUCUUUGGUGGGGGGAGUGUGAAGCGACACUGGUUAAUAUGCACUGGGGGCUCUUACAUGCCAUGUGCGUGACAGCCGGCUAAUGAUCUCAGACGCCCCGAUUUCUCUGCCCAUAAAAUCCGGCGUUUUCCCACUUAUUUCUUUCGCUUUUCGAGAUACAAUAAGAUACUUUGCUGUGGUGGAGAAAACCUUCAUCGCAGCCCCGGCUUUCUCGCUGAGGAUCCCCGCAUCGGGCUGCAGAGACCCGCAGGUGUCCACGUCCACUUUCUUACUUUAGCCCCUUUAGUGGCGAGCAGCGGCGACCUGGAGCAGAUCGCGGGCUGCAGGAGCUUCACCAGGAGCUUCAGCACCACCGCCCAUGAGCAGCACUUUCCAUUGCAGGUCCGGGGCACGAUGAAAGCUGCCUUUGUAGGAGUUAUUCUGUUUGGGAUUACAGUCGCAUCAGCCACAUAUAACAGCUCUGAAGACAAGUCUGAGUGCCAGCUCGGAUAUUUCCCAUGUGGGAACUUAUCCACAUGCCUCCCUCAACUGUUGCACUGCAACGGGGAGGACGACUGCGGCAAUCAAGCCGAUGAAGACGACUGUGGUGAUAACAAUGGAUGGCCCCAUCUAUUCGACAAAUAUUUUGGAAACCUUAGUAACAGGUCCGGUAACAAGUCAAUCAAAUGCUUGCUGGGGGCUGUUCCAAGCCCCUGUCUCUGCAGAGACCUGGAACUGGACUGCGAUGACGCCCGUCUGCUCUCCAUCCCAUCAGCAUCGGUGAACAUCACCAUGCUGUCCCUUCAGCGCAACAGACUGAGGAAGCUGAAUGCUGACAUAUUCUUAAAAUAUCUGAACCUCCAGAAACUAUACCUGCAGCACAACAGAAUUCGAGCCGUGCACCCAGACGCGUUCAGAGGACUUUAUUAUCUAACAAGACUGUAUUUGAGUUACAAUAAAAUAUCUACUCUCAAGCCAGGCACUUUCAGGGACCUUCACAAGUUGGAAUGGCUGAUACUGGAAAACAACGAAAUCAGUCAGAUUUCACCCAUGGCCUUCGCAGGAUUAAACUCCCUGGUCCUUUUGGUGUUGCUGAAUAAUGCCCUAGUACAUCUGGAUGACAUCUGUCAGGGGAUGCCCAGACUGAACUGGCUUGAUUUGGAAGGUAAUCGUAUAGAGAGCGUUGGGAACGUGUCACUCCGCUCCUGCCACAUGCUGACCGUGCUCGUCCUGCAACGUAACAGAAUCACCCAUUUAGACGAAGGAGCCUUCCUACCACUGCAGAAGCUUGGGGAACUAGAUUUGUCCAGCAACGGAAUUGAAAAUAUCCCUAGAAGGCAGUUUGUCAGUCUCACUGAUCUUCUCCAACUAAACAUUUCAUACAACCCCAUUGUCGAGUUACAACUGGACCACUUUGCUAACCUGAAGCAGCUGAAAUCUCUGAGCAUAGAAGGAAUAGAGAUUGGGAACAUACAGAGAAGGAUGUUUGAACCUCUGAAAAGUCUGACUCACAUAUACUUUAAGAAGUUCCAGUACUGUGGUUACGCUGCUCACGUGCGAAGCUGCAAGCCCAACACGGACGGCAUCUCCUCCUUCGAAGACCUGCUGGCCAACAUCGUGCUGCGGGUGUUUGUCUGGGUCGUGUCUUGCGUCACCUGCUUCGGAAACGUCUUCGUCAUCUGCAUGCGAUCGUACAUACGAUCCGAGAAUAAGCUACAUGCUCUCUGUAUCAUAUCCCUUUGCUGUGCUGAUGGCUUGAUGGGCGUGUACCUCUUCGUGAUUGGUGCAUACGAUAUUAAGUUCCGGGGGGAGUACAACCGGCACGCCCAGGCCUGGAUGGACAGUCUGCAGUGCCAGGUGGUCGGCUCGCUGGCCAUGCUUUCCACCGAGGUCUCUGUCCUUCUCCUCACCUACCUGACCCUGGAGAAGCACGUCUGCAUCGUCUACCCUUUCCGUUACCUCGCCCCGGGCAGGGGGCGGACGGUGAGCAUCCUCGUCCUCAUCUGGAUCCUGGGCUUCGCCAUCGCCUUCACGCCGCUGGUGGGCAAGCGCUUCUUCCGGAACUUCUACGGCACUAACGGUGUGUGCUUUCCCCUGCAUUCAGAGCAGCCAGAAAGCACUGAGGCUCGGGUCUACUCCAUUGCCAUCUUCCUUGGACUGAACCUGCUAGCCUUUCUUGUCAUUGUCUUGUCCUACGGAAACAUGUUCUACAACAUACAAAGAACAGGAACACGGGCCACAGUGUACAGUAACCACAUGAAGAAGGAGGUGGCCAUCGCUAAGAGGUUCUUCUCAAUCGUCAUCACCGACUCCCUUUGCUGGAUCCCCAUCUUCGUGCUUAAGAUUCUGUCUCUGAUGCAGGUAGAAAUACCAGGUACGAUCAGUUCCUGGGUGGUGAUAUUCAUCUUGCCGAUCAACAGCGCCCUCAACCCCAUACUCUACACGCUGACCACGCGUCCGUUCAAGGAGACCAUCCUUCAGGUGUGGCGUAGCUACAGACAGCGGGGGGCUCUGUUCAGCCGGCAUCCUCAGCAAACGUCCACCUGGAUGGGGAUGUGUCCCCUGCAGGCAGGUGUCCAGAUCCAAUCAUCUCCUCCCGAGGAUCUGGCCAACCCCACCGACAGCUUUGAAGCACCUCGACACCUUCCAGAAAAGAGCAGGAAUGGAGCAUGUGUCUAUAUGUUCAAGUGGCAUGAGGGUGUAGCUGACAUGUGAAGGAAAUGACUCUCGUCCAUAACUACCAUUCCUAAAGACGAUGUACAUACAAAACAGGUAGAUUGUUUCAGCUAUUCAGUCCCAAGGGUUAUUGCUAGGGUGUAGGAGUUGGCGUUUUCUUUUGGUGGCGUGUAGAGAUGGAAAUGCUAAAAACAUCUGUGAAGAAUCCACUGGUGCUGUUCAUAAAGUCAUAUAGUCCGACUCUGACCACCUGAUUUUUUUAAAGUGUUUUCAAAUGUUUACAGGUGCAUUUUUUGUGCGACAUUUCAGUCUCUCCCCAGAUUCCUCCACAAUAGAAUAGUUUCUCCUGAUCCGUUUUUUUCUGUCCUUGUGAUGAUCGUUAGACCCCAAACCAAGUGUCUGCUGUGAUGACCUUCAGACACCGUUUCCGAGCCCAGUCCUCGGGGGCCCA